UUUUGUUGCAGUUUCGUGUAUUGUGUGGUGUUUGUACAAAUAACUCACAAGUUUUAUUCAAGCAACCUUAAACGUUUACGAAUUACAGAAGGUUUACUUAUAGGGUACUAAGUUUGACAUAUCCAGGUAAAGACGUGACGUUCCACGACCAACAACUGACACAGCCCGUGUAUUCUAUUUACAAAGGUGGUGUUAAUGUUGCAGCAAGUUAUCCAGUAGCUGCAAGGAUGAAGGUUGCCAUUCGACUGGCACUGUAUGGAUGUGCAAACCGACCAUUUUACCAUAUAGUGGCCAUUCCUCACAGAAGGUCCAGGAAUGGGAGAGUCCUGGAGCAAAUUGGAUCAUUUGACCCUCUUCCAAAUCUGGAUAAUGAGAAGUUGGUGGCCAUUAAUUUUGAGAGACUGAGAUACUGGCUGGCUUCUGGGGCUGAACCAAGUCUGCCUAUGCAGAUAUUGCUAGGUUUGGCUGGUUUCUACCCACUUCAUCCCCGGACGAUCAUGGAGGGCAGACGACUGAGGCUAGCACAGAGUAUUGGAGUUGCUACUGAGCAAGCCUCAGAAGAGGUUAAAGAGACCAAAAGCUGAUAAAAUCUUGUUGAUUUGUGUGAAAUCAUAAAGACAAGUUGUUAAAGGCUGCAUUGUGUGAGGUGGUCAGAUACUCCAUUAUUGUGACAUUUUUCACAGGCAGACUUCCCACAGCUGCAUGAAUACUGAUUUGCCGUUUGCUGUAAGAACAUAGUGUGACUGUCUUUUGGAGUGAAAAUGUGUGUGUUACAGUCAUAAGAUUAAUUAUUUUGUAUCUGUCUUUAAUCACUUUAAUAGUUCCACUGUUCAGUUAUUCUGGUCAUUGUUUAUGGGUAGUUACAAAACAGAAUGCAGACAGAAUUUGAUCUGUAAAACCUUGGUACUUUUGACAUUGUGUUUCUGUCAUGUGUUGGACAAUAUAGCAGAUGUUGAUGGGAACAGGUUUACUUUUGUAUGAAAUGUUCUUAAAAUGAUCCAGUGUUUGAUAAAAGACCCUAUACCAACAACAAUUGUAAGAUUUGCAUGAACAGUGCUGUAUAAAGGUUAGAAAUGUGCGCAGAUAGGAGAAAAUCUUUGUAUGUAAAUAUUUUAAGAGGAACUAAAAACGUUUAUAAAAUGAUUCUGCUUUUUUUAAUGUUUUUUGGGGGUCAGGAGUUACAGUCUAUUGAGAAAAGGUCAAAAAUGUGUUUAUAUUGCAGUACCACAUCUGAAAAUGCUAGCCAUUUGUCCUUUCCAAAGCCAUUCUCUACAAGAUGUAUGAGUGGUGGAGAUUCAGCAAACAAAAACCUCUUCCACAUUAUUAAUUGGUUUUCAUGUUUGUCUGCCUUAUCUCUCGUAGCCAUAACAUUAACACUCGACCCAGUGGAUUAGCCUGUGAUUUGACUGCCUACCAUGCAUGUGCCUACCUGGUCAUAUUAGCUACUGUACAUGUUUACCAGAGAUCAUUCCUUAUUCCUGUAGCAAAGAGAGAAAAAACGUUGACGUAUUGGUAGAAAGUGAUCUCGUAUGAAUUUCUUUUUGUCACCAAGACCCGACCGACUCUACCACAGCCAACCAAGACAGUUCUGUAAUAAAAGAGUAAAGUUUCACUAAUGUUUCCC